CAAGGUUAUUACAGCCUUUCGUUGUUAGCCCAGUACCUGCUUCAUUCUCUUCCUCUCCCGCCAUUGUCACCAGGAGAAAGGAAAAUUGUUUUUUUUUUUUUGCAAACAUGGUGCGGCCUUUUGGUAUAAAGGGGAAGAAGAGAAAGAAGAGAAAGGAGAAAUAUGAUAGGGAGGGAGAGGAAGAAGAGCAGAUUGAAUCAGUGAAAAGAGCUGCUAUAUAGAAGGAAAUAAUGGAUGCAGAAGAUAAAGAGAAUAAAGAAGAAGAAGAAGAAGAAGAAGAAGAAGGAAGGGUUGGGAAGCAUGAACUUGAAGGAAUUCCAAUUGCCUCAGGUGAUCAGAAGACAAAUAAACCUGAGGUUGUGUUUGUUCUGGAAAGGGCUUGUUUGGAGGUGGCAAAAGUUGGAAAGGAAAAUGAAGGGUAUCUAAAUUUCAUUCAAGUAUAUUAAUGAAAUUUCACAUUGGUUUUGAGAUGUAUGAAUGUGAUGUAAUUUAAGGAUAUUGUUAUGGGUUUUAGAAGAAGAUUUAGGCUUUUUCUUUAGUUGCUGCUCUAUUAGGUUCAGCUCGCACCAGUGUGUUGUUUCCAUUAUCUUCUUUUUUUGACUGAUUAUGUAUAUGCAGAGUAACCAAAUUUUGAACUCUGAAGAUCAUGCCAAUUUCUUGCGGAAAAACGAGAAGAAUCCUGCUGAUUAUAGACCUGAUAUUAUUCACCAGGCGCUCCUAUCAAUCUUAGAUAGCCCAGUUAACAAAGCUGGGAGAUUGCAAUCUGUGUAUGUGAGGACAGAGAAAGGGGUACUUUUUGAAGUUAAACCUCAUGUUCGUAUUCCAAGCACAUAUAAGCGCUUUGCUGGUAUCAUGUUGCAUCUGUUACAAAAACUGAGUAUAACUGCUGUUAGUAAGGGAGAGAAACUACUACACGUGAUCAAGAAUCCUGUAACUCAGUAUUUACCUCUCAACUCUCAGAGAAUAGGCCUCUCAUAUGGUUCAGAAAAAUUGGUUAAAAUGAAGGACUACGUGAAAGCAAUUGAUGAUGAUACGUAUCUUGUUUUCGUGGUAUGUUCAAAGAAUAGUUUGUUCUUUCCACCUCUCUGUUAUCAAAUUAUGACAUGUAUUCUUCUUAUCCUACUAUCUUUCCUUCCACUUCCAGGUUGGUGCAAUGGCCCAUGGGAAAAUAGGGACAGACUGUACUGAUGAUUUUGUAGCAAUUUCUGGAUAUCCACUAAGUGCUGCCUGCUGUAUCGCAAGAAUUUGUGAGGCUGUAGAAGAUAAGUGGAAUAUAUUGUAAUCUGCCUCACUUUUUAUUUUUAUUUAUGAUGUAAUAGUAUUCUUAUGCGUCAAUGGCAGCUCAUUCAGAACAUUUGCAUUUUAUCUGAUGUACCAUAUAUAGCAAAUAUCAUUGGUUAUAAUUUUUGCCAGACUUGGGUUGAGAUAAUGAAUAUGCAUUGUUCAA